AUGGCCGCCUCCAGUUCUCAAGGAAUCAACACGUUGUUGGAAGCCGAACGUGAAGCUGCCAAGAUUGUGCAAAAGGCAAAGCAAUACCGUAUUCAGCGUUUGAAGGAUGCUCGUUCUGAAGCUACCAAGGAUAUUGAAGAGCUCAAGGCCCAAAAGAAUCAAGAAUAUCAAAACUUUGUUGCCGAGCAUGCAGGUGCUUCUGAUGCCAGCUUGAGUAUUGUUAACCAAGAGAUGGAUGCCAAGAUUGCUGAGAUCCAGGGUGCAUUUGCUCAAAACAAGGAUAAGGCUGUUGAAAAGAUGCUUGAUGCCAUUGUCAAUGUCCAGGCCAAACCUCAUGUGAAUGCCCGUGCAUAG